UCGCAAAAUACUACUAACCACAGCUGGUGUGACAUUAACAGUCCAUUAGAGCAGAAGACAUUUCUCCUAAAACUGCAGUCACACAGAGAUAAACGUAUUGCAGACAUGGGACGGACCUACUGUUUUUUAUGGUUUCUCUGUUUGUCAGCGAGUUUUUGCUGGCAGCUGCCCAGCUCUGGUUCUGCAAUACAUGGACAGGUCCAGUCCCCUCUCUUUCCCCGGCCUUACCUUCCCAACCUGCUGAGGCAAUGGGACGUCUGGGUUCCCGAGGGCUACGUGAUCCAGCUGUCCCUAACACACCUGGAUAUUAAAGCUUCCUCAGGCUGCCAUCAAGACUCUCUGAUGGUUCUCUAUGAUCAAAAUGUCUUGGGGAAGUUUUGUGGCCAGGAAAAUUCAACUGAUCACCCAGGCAAAGAGCCGAUCCUUUCUCAAGGCAACAAACUGACUCUCAUAUUCCAAACAAGUGACUUCAAUACAAAACUCCAACAGCACAUUGGCUUCUCUGCUACCUACAAGGCAAUAGACUUCGAUGAGUGUUCCCAACCAGACCCUGGAGAUGGCUCAGGUCCACUCUGCUCUCACAUCUGUGUCAACACCCCUGGUUCUUACCGCUGCUCCUGUCACCAUGGUUACAAACUUCAUUUAGACCAACACACAUGUUUGAUGUCCUGUGGUGGUUGUAUAUUUGACAAGAAUAAGGGACAUCUGGCCAGUCCGAGAUACCCUCACCCCUCACCACCUUUGCUGUCCUGCUUAUACAUCAUCACCGUGGAGCCCAGCUUAACUGUGACUCUCAACUUCACUAACAACUUCCACAUAGAUAGCAUGGACACUGAACAAGGUCCCAGCUGUGUACGUCACUGGCUGCAGGUGACCAUACCAGACAGAGAGCCCAUCAAGCUGUGUGGUGGAAAUAGUCCAGGCCUGAUAGCUACAAACUCCAACACUGUCAGACUGGACUACCACACUGAUGUUGAAGGCCUGAGUCGCGGCUGGAGCCUGGACUACAGUACAAACAAAAUUGAUUGUGGAGAACCUGAACCUUUGCUGAAUGGAGGGGUGAUCUUCCUGUCUGGCUUUCAGAAUCAGUACCGUUCUGUUAUUCAGUAUCACUGUAAUGCACCAUUUUACUCUCUCCCUGGUGGCAAUAAUGUUACUUUCACCUGUGAAGCAGACAGGAAGUGGAGAUCCAACCACAAUGAUGUAACUCCAACAUGUAUACCUGUCUGUGGCAAGCACACAAAACUCAUCUCUGCCUAUCAGAGGAUCAUUGGAGGCAGUGACGCUCCAGACGAUACCAUCCCCUGGCAAGUGCUACUGAAUAUAGAUGGGGGCAGAGGGGGAGGCAUGGUGAUAGGAGACCGCUGGGUUAUGACUGUAGCUCAUAACGUAAUGAAGGGAGGAAAUCAAGUAUCAAAAGAGACUGUGCAAAUGUAUAUGGGAAUUACUGAUGUUAAAACCCAGUUGGUCUCUCCUGUGUAUGCUGCCUCAAUCCACAUUCAUCCUGAAUACAACAACCCUAAUUAUGUAGACUACAACCAUGACAUUGCCUUGAUCAAACUGCAAGACCCGAUCACAUUCAACUCAUCCAUCAUGCCAAUAUGUUUGCCAGCAGAGGGUGCUACAUACGUCACUGGCGUGAUGGGACUGGUGUCAGGCUUUGGCAUUGCAGAAGGUGAUGGGAGACUGAUUUUAAAAAGUAAAAUUAAUUAUGUGCAAUUACCUGUGGUGGAGCAGGAGACAUGCAGUAAAUCAAUCACUUCGUUGAAGAAGACAAGGGACAAUGUUCCAAGUCUGUCAAACAACAUGUUCUGUGCUGGAGUCCCUGAAGGUGGGCUGGACUCCUGCCAGGGUGAUACUGGAGGCCCCUACGCCCUAAGAGACGACGGAAGGUUCUGGGCUGCUGGGAUUGUCAGCUGGGGGGUUGACUGUGGAAAGCAGGGAACAUAUGGAGUCUAUACCAGAGUCACCAACUACAUGGACUGGAUCAACAAGACUAUGCAGGAGAACUGAAAUUUUAAGUAAAAACAUUUACAAUAACAUAAAAAGAUUUUUGUUUUAAAUAGAGUCUUUCCACAAUUUUAAUGUAUAUGUUGUCACAAAAAAGCUAUAAUUAAAGAUACUUUUCCAGUGCAAGGUA